GCCGUCGCCGCCAUUUCAAGACAGUGAGAGGUAGAUGUCUUAACAAGAGUUCUUAAGAUUCGAGUCUAGUAUCUUCUGCCUCCCCUUAAGCCUUCCAAAACCGUGAUACGGCUGCUGCCCCUUUUCUACUAUCUAUAGAAACGUUCUCGCCAGUAGUGGCGGCCUUAGAAGUCAGUUACCCCCCUUCUUGUUCUAUCUCGAGAAGCUCCAGAUGGCGUCUUCCGUGGGCAACGUGGCCGACAGCACAGAACCAACGAAACGUAUGCUUUCCUUCCAAGGGUUAGCUGAGUUGGCACAUCGAGAAUAUCAGGCAGGAGAUUUUGAGGCAGCUGAAAGACACUGCAUGCAGCUCUGGAGACAAGAGCCUGACAAUACUGGUGUCCUUUUAUUACUUUCAUCUAUACACUUCCAGUGUCGAAGGCUGGACAGAUCUGCUCACUUUAGCACCUUGGCAAUUAAACAGAAUCCUCUUCUAGCAGAAGCCUAUUCGAAUUUGGGAAAUGUAUACAAAGAAAGAGGGCAGUUGCAGGAAGCAAUUGAGCAUUAUCGUCAUGCCUUGAGGCUCAAGCCUGAUUUCAUUGAUGGAUAUAUUAACCUGGCAGCAGCCUUGGUAGCAGCAGGUGACAUGGAAGGAGCAGUGCAAGCGUACGUCUCUGCUCUUCAGUACAAUCCUGAUUUGUACUGUGUUCGCAGUGACCUGGGGAACCUGCUCAAAGCCCUGGGUCGCUUGGAAGAAGCCAAGGCAUGUUAUUUGAAAGCAAUUGAGACGCAACCAAACUUUGCAGUAGCUUGGAGUAAUCUCGGCUGUGUUUUCAAUGCACAAGGGGAGAUUUGGCUGGCAAUUCAUCACUUUGAAAAGGCUGUCACCCUUGAUCCAAAUUUUCUGGAUGCUUAUAUCAAUUUAGGAAAUGUCUUGAAAGAGGCACGCAUUUUUGACAGAGCUGUGGCAGCUUAUCUUCGUGCCUUAAGUUUGAGCCCCAAUCAUGCGGUGGUACAUGGCAACCUGGCUUGUGUGUACUAUGAGCAAGGCCUAAUAGACCUGGCCAUCGAUACCUACAGACGAGCUAUAGAACUGCAGCCACAUUUCCCCGAUGCUUACUGUAACCUAGCAAAUGCUCUCAAAGAGAAGGGCAGUGUUGCUGAAGCAGAAGAUUGUUAUAACACAGCUCUUCGUCUAUGUCCUACUCAUGCAGACUCUUUGAAUAACCUCGCCAAUAUCAAACGGGAACAGGGCAACAUUGAAGAGGCAGUCCGCCUAUAUCGCAAAGCAUUGGAAGUCUUCCCAGAGUUUGCUGCUGCACAUUCCAAUUUAGCAAGUGUUCUGCAACAGCAGGGCAAGCUGCAGGAAGCACUGAUGCAUUACAAGGAAGCCAUACGAAUCAGUCCUACGUUUGCUGAUGCUUAUUCUAAUAUGGGAAACACUCUAAAGGAGAUGCAGGAUGUUCAGGGAGCCUUGCAGUGUUACACUCGUGCCAUUCAGAUUAAUCCUGCUUUUGCAGAUGCACACAGCAAUCUGGCUUCCAUUCAUAAGGAUUCAGGGAAUAUCCCAGAAGCAAUAGCUUCUUACCGCACAGCUCUGAAACUUAAGCCCGACUUUCCUGAUGCAUACUGUAACUUAGCUCAUUGCCUACAGAUUGUCUGUGAUUGGACAGACUAUGAUGAGCGAAUGAAGAAAUUGGUUAGUAUUGUAGCUGAGCAGCUAGAGAAGAAUAGGCUGCCUUCUGUACAUCCUCAUCAUAGUAUGCUGUACCCUCUUUCCCAUGGCUUCAGGAAGGCUAUUGCAGAGAGGCACGGGAAUCUCUGCUUGGAUAAGAUUAAUGUCCUUCAUAAACCACCAUAUGAACAUCCAAAAGACUUGAAGCUCAGUGAUGGACGAUUGCGUGUAGGAUAUGUAAGUUCUGACUUUGGAAAUCACCCUACUUCGCACCUCAUGCAGUCUAUUCCAGGAAUGCACAAUCCUGAUAAAUUUGAGGUAUUCUGCUAUGCCUUGAGCCCAGAUGAUGGUACAAACUUCCGAGUGAAGGUGAUGGCAGAGGCAAAUCAUUUCAUUGAUCUUUCUCAGAUACCGUGUAAUGGAAAAGCAGCUGACCGCAUCCACCAAGAUGGAAUUCAUAUCCUUGUAAAUAUGAAUGGGUACACAAAGGGUGCUCGAAAUGAGCUCUUUGCUCUCAGGCCAGCUCCUAUUCAGGCUAUGUGGCUAGGAUACCCUGGAACUAGCGGUGCCCUAUUCAUGGAUUAUAUAAUCACGGAUCAGGAAACUUCCCCAGCUGAAGUUGCAGAGCAGUAUUCUGAGAAACUGGCGUAUAUGCCCCAUACUUUUUUUAUUGGCGAUCAUGCUAAUAUGUUCCCUCACCUGAAGAAAAAAGCAGUCAUCGAUUUUAAAUCCAAUGGGCACAUUUAUGACAAUCGGAUAGUUCUGAAUGGCAUCGAUCUCAAAGCAUUUCUUGAUAGUCUACCAGAUGUGAAGAUUGUUAAGAUGAAAUGUCCUGAUGGAGGUGACAAUGCAGACAGCAGUAACACAGCUCUUAAUAUGCCUGUCAUUCCCAUGAACACGAUUGCAGAAGCAGUUAUUGAAAUGAUUAACAGAGGACAGAUUCAGAUAACAAUUAAUGGAUUCAGUAUUAGCAAUGGACUAGCAACUACACAGAUCAAUAAUAAGGCUGCAACUGGAGAGGAGGUUCCCCGUACCAUUAUUGUAACCACCCGUUCCCAGUACGGGCUGCCAGAAGAUGCCAUUGUGUAUUGUAACUUUAAUCAGUUAUAUAAAAUUGACCCUUCUACCCUGCAGAUGUGGGCAAAUAUUCUGAAACGUGUACCUAAUAGUGUGCUUUGGCUGCUGCGAUUUCCAGCAGUAGGAGAACCCAACAUUCAACAAUAUGCACAAAAUAUGGGCCUUCCCCAGAACCGUAUCAUUUUUUCACCGGUGGCUCCUAAAGAGGAGCAUGUCAGGAGAGGUCAACUGGCUGAUGUCUGCUUGGACACACCCUUGUGUAAUGGGCACACCACAGGAAUGGAUGUUCUCUGGGCAGGAACACCCAUGGUGACUAUGCCAGGAGAGACUCUAGCCUCUCGAGUUGCAGCUUCUCAACUCACUUGUCUAGGAUGUCUUGAGCUCAUUGCUAAAAGCAGACAAGAAUAUGAAGACAUAGCAGUGAAACUGGGAACUGAUCUAGAAUACCUGAAGAAAAUUCGUGGCAAGGUCUGGAAGCAGAGAAUAUCUAGCCCUCUGUUCAACACCAAACAAUACACAAUGGAAUUAGAGCGGCUCUAUCUGCAAAUGUGGGAGCAUUAUGCAGCUGGCAACAAACCUGACCACAUGAUUAAGCCUGUUGAAGUCACCGAGUCAGCCUGAAUAAAGACUGCACACAGGAGAAUUACCCCUGUACCUGAGCCUCAACCUUUUGGGGGAAAGGGAACUAGAUUAAUAUGCUUUGUGCGUAUCUGUACAGUACUGUGUUGCAGAUGGGUGAUAUUAUUGAUAAUAGAAUAGCACAGCCAGACUUGCUUCCUGCAUGAUAGGGAGAGACAAGAGAUAAGAAACUGCUAUUCCACAAGGAAUGUCUGUAGAGUUUUGCAGCAACCAGGUGGUACAGAGGUCUGGAAGGUCUGGUCUCCCUUGGUCUUCCAUGGGAUGCUUAAUGUGGAGGAAGAUAGAGCUUGACCAGCCAUUUUGUGGUUCCAUGGAUUGAUCAAGUCUUCUGAUCCUUUAUUUUUUUUUCUUUAUAUUUUGGGUAUUGGAACUAAGAAUGUCUGCUUUUGGGUAUUUUUACUUAUGUGAAGUGGUCUUGAUUCUUCUGAGAUAAGGUUUUAAACUGAAAUGUUGCUUCCUGUUUUAGUGUCUGAACUCUUGACAGGGUGACAGGAACCUUGCUGGUGUAGUCUUUUUAUAGGUUUUAUAAACCACUUGAGCCUAUAUCAGUCAUUUUAGAGUCUGACCUAGCUUGGCGCUGUCAGUGCUUUUUUGAUUUAGAUGAUGACUCGAGAUUUUCAGCCUGUUUUCCAUUUCUUUCCCCCCAGCCUCCCUUUAAAUUCUCCUGUGACUGCUAAGAAAACCAAGUCUGGUUUCAGACAUCCCAGAGUGUUUCUGUCAAACACGCCAUCUGGUGCCAAAUGAAAAUUCUUAGGAGUGAAUAUUAAUCAUGAAGGUCACAGUUGUGGUACUGUUCUUGAUAAUAAUGUAGAUUUUUUGCCUAAGUUUUACCUAUUUCACGAGUGUUUAAGCCCUUUGAUUGCCCCUCCUAUGUUGCUUCCAAAAGUGAUAGUGUGUGAUAAGAUUUUUACCUUCCUUUCUAAAGUUUGUUGUUUUUUUUUAAAGUGAGUCCUGUUCUUCCUAUUUCUUUCAGCAGAAAUGAAAUCCCAGGUAAGUAUAAGUAUUCAAAUAUUUGACUAGCAAGUUGCAGUUCUCUCCAGUACAUUAAAUAAUGGUCACUGACAGAUUUAAAGGUAAAAGCUGUGAUGGAUCAUCUCUCUAUACAGGCAGUUAUUUUUCAGACUGUGUUUGGUUAUAUCUUCUGGACUUAAUCUCCAAGUCUAUGGAUUCAGCCUGGGUAGUAGUGAAUUUAUACUACUUGGGUUGGAGUACACAUUAGACUUUGGCCCUUGGGGAGCUUGAAUUCUUGGUGGUUAAAAAAAAUUGCAUUUCAGUAAAGGGUAGAGGGCUGGAGGGGUACACAAACAAGCCAACAUAUGAAUAUGUUUGUACUGCUUUACUGCACUUAUACUCUCCAGUCACAGAUGAGUUUUCUCUGUUAGUAGUGCUGUAGAUUAUGUCUUUCCAAAGCACGUAGGCAGUGCACCUAUUCUCUAGUUGCAGCUAUUGCCUGAAUGUACCUUAGCUGAAAAUUAUUGAUAAUUAAGAAUUUGAAUUUGUAAUUCUUACUGCUAGUUAAAACUGAAGCAAGGAGUCUCAUGUAAUUCUGAUAGCAGAAUUAUAUUGAAAUGAAUUGUAUACCUUUAAUAAUGUAAAUCAAAGAAUAUCAGUUAAAGGGUUUCUUAAUUUAUUUUUUAACUGAAUAAAUAUCAGUUAAAGAUUACCAGCAUGGCUACAGGUAAACUGAUUUUCAAAUUUCACUGAACUAAAUGUGGGAUUGGAUAAAAAGACUUUCAGUGCCACUGAGUCUGUGACCUGUGGCCAUUUACAUAGCACAUCAUUCCUCCUAUAGGGAUGAAUUUUAUCCAGGCACGAAAAGCAGCUGCUCCAGUUGAAGCUUUGCUUAUUGUAAAAGGCUUUUAUUUCCAGGUAACAUGUCUGUGGAAGACUUAAUUCUGAACAGAGUUAUAGAUAUUACUGGAAACUAAUUUUUUUUUCUAUUAUAUUCUGCUUUAUUGAAAAAGUAAAGCAUUUAAAAUUGUGCUCCAGAAAUUCAGAUGUUGUCUUGUGAUCUUUAAACAAUAAAUGGAUGAUUUCCCCUUAA